AAGCCCAUGUUCGGGGUUUCCGACACUUGGAUGAAUUUGGACCAUGCAGACCAUCCAAAUCCAUUCAGGCAUGUUAAUAGGCAAGAAUGAAGCAACGAGCAUGCUACACAUCAUAUAUGUGUUUUCGAUUAGUGCAUUGCCACACUUCCGAGCUUCGAUGUUGCAAGUGAACACCAAAUCCAUCACUUCCCAGACUCCCAGACCAUCCGCACAUUGGAAUAUACCUAAAUCAUCCUAAAUCUUCAAAGUUUGCCGGUUUCUGCUUUCUCACCACCCAAAAACCGCUGUCUUUGGGAAACAAAGACACCGUAACAUGCCUGCCACGGCGUCUUUUCUCUUUUCCUCCAGUCUGUUUUCGACCUGGCGGACCUGUCCGACAGUUGUCAGUGAUGCGCGACUCCGUCCGUCGGUUUCAGACGGCCCCAGAGACCAGCGAUGUCACCAGCGAUGUCACCAGCAUUUCGGAAGGAGAGAAAUCAUGGCGGUGAACAUCGGCCGAUCUGUGCCAGGCAUAAGGGACAGGCGGCCACUGAUGUGGUCUUCCCGCAGUGUCUGGGAAUCUACAUUUGCAGCAGUGCCAUUUACUUGCUGUACGCGGCGGUGGCGAAGCUUUCGGGCUGGCGCGUGCCGCAUGCACCCAUCCGCCCGGCCUACUUGAGUGGCUGCAUCUGGGCCGUGGGCUUCACCUUCAUGAUCACCGGCAUCUCAUCCUUGGGCUUUUCCAUUGGCUAUACGCUGGACGCGGUGGGGCCCAUCGUGAUUGCCAGCCUUCUCUCCGUUUUCGUCUUCAAGGAAAUCUCUGAGAGGAACCAACUGAUCUUGUAUAGUGUAGCCUUCGGCUUGCAGCUGAUUGGAGUGCUUUGCAUGUCCUCCGCAUCCAGCUGACGUCGUUUGACACGACCCGGCAGAGGGCGCAACGCUCUGAACUCGGGACGAGCCGAAGUCGGACGCAGUGUUGAGAAGUCCAUGGUGAACAUGACCAAGCAGGUGGCGGCCUUCUGAUUCGGGAGUUGAUUGAUGGAGUAGACCCUGGUAUGUAACUGUGAAAAGCAAAACCAC